AUGUGCACACACAUUGAAUCACCAGUGGGGGCAUCACGCAGGCGCAGUGUGAAUAAACUGAAAAAGUGUCAGAGCAAGGAUACACCACUAUCCCCUGAAGUUCCCACAGGUCCAGUGUCACGUGAUAAAACAGGCUGCCUGACCAUCAUCAUACAUGCCAAACCUGGGGCCAAACAAAACGCCAUUACAGAUGUAUCAACAGAAGCAGUUGGUGUCGCCAUAGCAGCACCUCCCUCAGACGGGGAAGCCAAUGCAGAACUUGUUUGGUAUCUCUCCAAGGUCCUGGAACUGAAGAAAAGUCAAGUAACCCUGGAUAAGGGCUGUAAAUCUCGAGAGAAGAUAGUGAAGCUUUCAGCGUCUGUAAGUCCAGAAGAGGUUCUGGAGAGACUGAAAAAGGAAGCUGCCAACAGCUAAGAGGAUUAGAGGGCGAUCAUGCCACAUUUCAGAUUGGUUGACCUGCCAGCUGGGCAAAAAACUGUAUCCAUGGAAACGGAACAGAGUGUCGGAAGAUAGAAUGAACUGGAUGAGUGAUACACUAACCAUUCAUACAGUCCCUCUGACCCUUGAGAAAUGACCUUCCUCAUCAUUAAAUCAUUUUAGUAUUGUAAGUAAAGAGCUGAUGAAAAGGGAAAAGAUGAAUACACGCAGCGAAAUACAUAAAGCAAGUUACUGGAGUAUUGUAAUAUUUGGGACCUGCAAUUAGAUGUGUAAAAUCUUCAAAGGGAUCUGGAUUUUAAAGGAUCAGAGAUAACUCGGGGGUUCAUACACACAGUAAUAUUUGCACUGGGUUCAUUAAGUAAUGUUAUAUGUUGUUUAAAGCUGUUUCAUUAAUAUCAAUGGUCGUGCUUAUAUCAAAGUCCUUAGCUAGAGGGUUUUUUUUUUAUAUGAACCUGCCUGGAUAAAAAUCAGCAUGUGAGUUUCUUAUAGCACAUGACAAUUGAAACUAGACUUGCAUAUUCUUAUGUGCUGUUAGAUGGAGCAUGGAUCUGUUUCACAGCUCAGAUCAUUCCAGUGAUUUUAACCAUAUCCAGCAAAGCAAACUAGUUACUUCUGUGUUGCCCAUUUAUUCACAUAUUCAAAAUAAAGAUAUUGCUAACUUGUUA